AGAAAAGAAUGCCAGGCAUUCUGCAUAGUAGGAACAACCUGUGGUCAGGUUUGGAAGCAAAAGGCAACAGGACAUGAUUGAGGAACUCAAAGUAACUUAGUUCAGCAAGAGCAUAGAACAUGCGGAGGGCAAUGGCAAGAGAUGAAGUUCGACAGGUCAUAGAGUCCAGACACGUUUUGGACUUUAUCCUUUAGCCGAUGGGGAGCCAACUGGAAUGUUGUAUGUAGAGCAGAGACUUGAUUAGAUUAGUGCUGAAAGAUCACCUUAACAACAGCAUGGAGAACGAAUUGGAGGGGGCAAGACUGGAAAUAAGACCAGUUAAGAAACCGUUGCUAUAGUCCAGAGGAGAGAGGAUGAUGAAGCCCUGGACUGUGGAGGUAGCAGUGGGGAUGGAGAGAAGGAUGCCAUCGAUUUGAGGUAUCUUCAAGAAUUGGUGAGACUGUGACAGUAGAAGGUCUUCUAGAUGCCUUCUUGAGCCUGCCCGUGGCCACCCACAGACACUUGUAAGGAGGAGAGAAGUCGGCCUGGCACAGACACUCUGAAAUGAGGGAUUAGAGGCCGGGAUCUAAGGAGGAAGAGCUACAGCCAGAAGACGAGGGAGCAGGCCCUGAAGACGCAUCUACUGAGAGGUCUGCCAUGGCCUCUCUUGGCCUCCAACUUGUGGGCUACAUCCUGGGCCUGCUGGGGCUGUUGGGAACCCUGGUUGCCAUGCUACUCCCCAGCUGGCGAACAAGCUCUUACGUCGGCGCCAGCAUCGUGACCGCAGUCGGCUUCUCCAAGGGCCUCUGGAUGGAGUGUGCCACACACAGCACAGGCAUCACCCAGUGUGACAUCUACAGCACCAUGCUGGGCCUGCCUGCUGACAUCCAGGCUGCCCAGGCCAUGAUGGUGACGUCCAGUGCAAUCUCCUCCUUGGCCUGCAUUGUCUCUGUGGUGGGCAUGAGAUGCACAGUCUUCUGCCAAGAGUCCCGAGCCAAAGACAGAGUGGCGGUGGUGGGCGGAGUCUUCUUCAUCCUUGGAGGCCUCCUGGGCUUCAUCCCUGUUGUCUGGAAUCUUCACGGGAUCUUGCGGGACUUCUACUCCCCACUGGUGCCUGACAGCAUGAAAUUUGAGAUCGGAGAGGCUCUUUACUUGGGCAUUAUUUCCUCCCUGUUCUCCCUGGUAGCUGGAAUCAUCCUCUGCUUUUCCUGCUCACCCCGGGGAAAUCAGUCCAACUACUACGAUGCCUACCAGGCCCAGCCCCUGGCCACUAGGAGCUCUCCAAGGCCUGGUCAACCACCCAAAGGCAAGAGUGAGUUUAACUCCUACAGCCUGACAGGGUAUGUGUGAAGGACCAGGGGCCAGAGCUCGGGGGUGGCUGGGUCUGUGAAAACCAGUAGACAGCCUCCCCCAGGGCCACAGGUGAGGGACGUUGCCACUGGAUCGUGUCAGAAGGUGCUGCUGAGGAUAGACUGACUUUGGCCACUGGAUCGAGCAAAGGCAGGAAUGGGAGCUGGUGUGACAGCGUGCAGGCUGAACUGUCAAGAUGCUUGUCAAGUCAGACUUUCUGUUUCCUUCAUCCUGGCUCCCCAUCUCCCACCCUGAGUCCCCAACCCUCAACUCCACUCCACUCCCCCCUGAGGCCAGGCCCCAGAGUCUCCCCUUUACCUUCUGCUUUACCUGGGAAUCCAUCCCCAAACCCACUAAUCACAUGCCACUGACUGACCCUCUCUGUGAUCAAAGACCCUUCCUCUUGCUGAGGUUGGCUCUUAGCUCAUUGCUGGGGGAUGGGGGUGGGUGGGAAGAAGUGGCGGGUUCCGUGGGCAUGGCACUAACCUCCUUCUCAAGCCUCCCUGCAGAGAAACUGAUUGGCCAGUAAUGGGCCCUGGAGCCUCGUCCAUCCCACUCUUGUUAUGACUCCACAGUGUCUAGACUGGUUUGUGUAUGAACCGAAAUAAAGCCAUCCCACAGUAUGGAGGGAACAGAGAGCAGCUGGGUGUAGAAUGAGACGGGGAGGGCAGCCUCGGA